UUCGUGCUGUACGCUCGUCACCCUGUGUACCUGUAUCCGCCAUGGCGUUGGCAGGCGUGUCCGCCCUGAUGGCGCCACCGCCCGCAGCUGCGCCGCCUCCAGCACCAGCUCCGCCCUUCCAGAUGCGCCUGGAUGGGUGGCCGCAGCCGACAAGCGAGGGCCUCUGUCCUUGGCGUCGGCUGCUGGCCGACUCCGCGGGGGCGGCGUUCCCGCAUGAACGUUUGGUGAUUGAGGCGCACCCGGGCGGCGGGUCGGCUUGGAUCCUGACCCCAGACGACGAUGCGUACGAGGGAAACUACAGGAACGAUCCCGAAAUUGUGAAUGUGACGUUCUUGGACGACGCUGGUCGCCCGCCUGCUCCGCCACGCCAGCCAGUGCACGCCUUUCGCGGCCCACCUUUGCAGGCGGCGAUGGCGAACGCGGAGGUGCAGACGCAGCUGCUGGGCAGGGGCCCUGUCGCUCAGGGACCGCCUCCACCAGCUGGUGGUAUCGGCCUUCCGGGUGCUGGCAAGUGGCUCCUCGCGGAGCCGUGUGGGAACUGGAAAAUCGGUGAUGAGGCUCCUGUCGCUCCUGUUGGACCCUUCCAGUCGACGAAAGCGGUGACCGCGUGCAUGCUGGCCUCGGGCACCUCUGUGCCAGUGUUCGUGGAGUGGGUGCCUUCGCAGAAGGUCACCAGCUUCCGUGACGAGAAGAUCGAUUUGUUCGAACACGGGGUGCGCAACCGCGGGUUCAGCGACGGGGUGUUGGAGAUGUUCGAGGAGCCUGGGCAUGACGGCUUCCCAAACGGCCCUAGGAUCACGUUCGGCGCGGCCACCGCGCUCCGCUCGCAGGGCCUCGCGUGGCAGAUGCAGGUGUUCCACGCGCUGCAGUUCAUCGAUCAGUGCAAUCCCCCGAACCUCGAGGGCGCAGAGCUGUUGGUGAGGCGCGAGAGCGCGCUGGAAGAAGCGCGCGCCCCAUCGCCCAGCGACCAUGGCUACAGCGUUGCCGACAUCCUGAUGGGCUGGGCCCAGACUCGAGGCACUGGGAGUACCCCGGACGCUUCGGUGAGCUACGCCGCCAACGGGCGGAAGGACAAGGCCGCGAUCUUGAAGGGGAAGAGGAAAGCUAUCGAGAAUAACAUGGACAAGGGCGGCAAGA